AUGUUAAAGUCAGUUGUGAUUACCUAUUUAGCUUUACUCGUUCAAAUUCGAUAUAUCACAUGUGAAAAUUUAAAUCCAUCAAGUUCCUUAAAAAGUCUCAAGAUUGAAAAGGACGAAAUCAAUUCAGAAGACAUGAUAAUCAAAUUUUUACAAGACGAUAGUUAUCAAAACGAAGUGUUAAGCUCAAAUUCUACAGAUAAAAUUUCCAAUAUACUUUCAAAUGCAAAUGAUUCAACAUCUGAUGAGAUUAUAGCACUUAUUAAAAAAAAGAAAAAAUUGAUUCCUAAAUGGCAAUUAAGUGCUGGAGUUUAUCUUGAGCAUAAAGUUAACAAAAAGUUGUUAAAAAACAAAUUAAAAGAUUUUUCAAUGAUGUCUAUUUCAAAUAGUACUGAUAUUGAUCAUUCCAAUGGUAAAAAAUCCUUGGAAAGUUACAAAAACGGUGAUGGAGUUGAAAGUAAUGAAUCUCCAGAUGAUAGCAGUGUUGUUCACCGAAUUCCUAGUUCUGCAAUUGUCUCAAGAGCUAGUCCAAAUACACGAAAUUUGUUUGCUGAAAAUAUAACUGAUUAUGUCAAAUUAUUUGAUGGUGAUACUGAUGGAAUUAUGAAUAAUGUAACAUUGAAAUACCAAAAACAUCAUGGAACCAAGAGUGAAGGUAUUAUUUCUGGAUAUGGUAAAGAAUUUGGUGCAUCUGAAAAUAAUUGUUCAUCAAUUCAACUCCCACUGGAAUAUUUUUGGACGGUAUUGUUAGCUGUCUUGUGCUUUCUUUGA